UUUCCCGCAGUACAAAGUGACACUGAUAUAAAUCAAUUUAGUUUAACCUGAAAUCCCUUAUCUGGAGCUUAAACUCCAGAAGCAAAUGAAGUAAACUAACAAAACACAUCCGCAAACUCUAAUUAAGUUAUAAAUUGAGAAAUGUGAAGUUGUGAAACCAUUCAUUUCUCACUCAACUCUACAAGAUGAAGUGUAUUCUGGUCUUUGACCAUCUAAAUGAUGUUAUCUACACAAAAUACAACAAGAAGUUUGCUAAACAUGUCAACACAUUCGCAAAGACCCAAAAAUUGGUGCCCACUGAGAGUCUGGACAGUAAACUACUAACAAAUGUGAUUGUGCAGAUAUUUUCACCUAUUGUCACCUCACAGAGGAUUAUGAGUUGCCAAUUUGGUAACUCAUACACAUCUAUACAAUGCCAAGAUGGUAUAAAUAUGACUUUCGAAGAUUAUAUGGGAUACUUAUUUGUGUGCAUUGGACUUGAAGAAGUCAGUUCAAUGAAGAGAUCUCUGAAUAUCUGUGUGACAAUGGUCAGGUUCAUUUGUGGACCAAAUGUUAUCAUGUUGAAGAGUAACCCACAAUUGGCAUCUCUAGUCACAAAACUGCUUGAUUCUUGGUCAUUUCUACAGAGUAAUGAUCAAGCAAUCUUUGUGGAAGCAGUAGAACAAUUAAUUGUCAACGCUGACACCAGCACAACUACUUUAGGAGUUCUACAAGAAGCUAUUGAAAAACUACGGUGCCAAACCGAGUCGAACAAAAGUCACGCGUUAAUUCUAGUCGAAAAUAAGUUCCUUGCGUUAUAUUCUAGUCAAAAUGCGAGCGAUCUAGGACCUACCGACAUAGUAUUCCUCACACUUUUGUGCCAAACGCUUCAAAAACAAGAAUGCGAAUCGGAUAAAUCCGACAGUGAAGAAGAAUUCUACAGUCCCAGCUCAUCCCCGAUAGCUUCCACACGUUCAUUGGUCGAGGCGUUCGAACCAGAGCAACAUUUAGAUCUGAUUAGUCACCAAGUGUUGCUAACAGGCGCAAAUUACGAACCGAAAUGUGUGCCGCAUGCUGUGCAUAUAAAGAGGUUAACUGAUGAUGCAAAUGGCGUCGGUGGCGUCCAUCUUGUCAUCCUGAUGGAGACAGGAUCUGCAACUUUAAGCACAGCUCUGUAUAACACAUUUUCGCACAUUCAUAUCCUGCAAACCGUGCAGAUUCAACGACAAGUUGAUACUUUACGUCCUGCAUUCGAGAAUUUAGAUGUUUCCGUGAAGAAACUCUGCGAUAAUUUGAAAAAAUCGAAGAAUAACGCGAUUGAAAGUUGUUACAAGCAACUAGGAAAGAUCUGGGAGCUUAUGAAGAAGAAAUACGUUGAAUUCAUCAAAGGUAGAUCAAUGGAAGCUCUACUGAGGGCAGAAUCAUGCACUCCGACACUUUUGGAUUGUUUAAAAGAGAUUCUUUCAUUGACAUCUUUUGAUCACACGGUUUUAAAGUCUUCGCAGAUUUAUGUCAAUGAAAUUGCAGAGUCUGUCAAGGAAAAACUAGCGAACUACAGUGAAUUCUUCAAGGUUAAAGCAAUGCGCAACUUUUCUCUUGGAUCUAGUGAUUCCCUAACGAUCAAUAAGUAUCUGGAGGAGUUUCCCGGACUGGUGCAUUUUGUCUACAUCGAUCGCAGUUCGCAUCGCGUGACCACGCCGAGUUUGGAUUUUAAUUCCGAACAAACUAAUACUUUGACCAAAAGCAAGAUUUGGUCGAUGAUUAACUUCUCACGUGCGCAUCUACAAGAAGGACACUUAUCCCUGAUGUGGAAGGAUACAACAUUCAACUACGCGUAUUUUCUGUGGUUUGAAGACACUUCCGGGGCGCCAUUGAAACCAACAGUGUUUCCUACGCACGCUUCGAAAGUUUUACCCCAGCCUGGUAUUAUCUGCGGUGAUUUCUAUCAGAAAUUGAAAGAAUUGUGCUUUCCGAAGAUGUCGCCGCAUAAAAUCCGCUGCUACGAGUUAUUCUGCAUACAUUUGGGUCUUGCGACGUCAACUUGCGUGUUGGAACAUACCCGGCGCUUAGCUGCGACUAUCUGGGAGCUGCGUGGACAUCCAAAUCAUCCGAUGGACUUACUUUAAUUAAAUUAAAUUAUUAUUAAUAUUCUUAAGCUUUGUGGUAGAUAACGCGUAUUAUUACAUUCCGCUUAUGAUCUAGUCAAUAUCUAAUCCAAAUAUAGUCGUUUGUGAUGCAAAAA